ACUUCCAGGCAGCUUAGGGAUCCAGAAAUCUGGAGUAACCAAUAGUCAGUUUCCUCAAUCAGAAAAAGGAAUGGUCACACCUCCAGCACUUCCAGGCAGCUUAGGGAUCCAGAAAUCUGGAAUAACCAAUAGUCAGUUUCCUCAAUCAGAAAAAGAAAUGGUCACACCUCCAGCACUUCCAGGCAGCUUAGGGACCCAGAAAUCUGGAGUAACCAAUAGUCAGCUUCCUCAAUCAGGACUUGGAAUGGUCACACCUCCAGCACUUCCAGGCAGCUUAGGGAUCCAGAAAUCUGGAAUAACCAAUAGUCAGUUUCCUCAAUCAGAAAAAGAAAUGGUCACACCUCCAGCACUUCCAGGCAGCUUAGGGACCCAGAAAUCUGGAGUAACCAAUAGUCAGCUUCCUCAAUCAGGACUUGGAAUGGUCACACCUCCAGCAUUUCCAGGCAGCUUAGGGACCCAGAAAUCUGGAGUAACCAAUAGUCAGCUUCCUCAACCAGCACUUGGAAUGAUCAUACCUCCAGCAUUUCCAGGCAGCUUAGGGACCCAGCAAUCUGGAGUAACCAACAGCCAACUCCCUCAACCAGGACUUGGAAUGAUCACAUCUUCAACAUUUCCAGGCAGCUUAGGGACCCAGCAAUCUGGAGUAACCAACAGCCAGCUCCCUCAACCAGGACUUGGAAUGAUCAUACCUCCAGCAUUUCUAGGCAGCUUAGGGACCCAGCAAUCUUCAACAUUUCCAGACAGCUUAGGAGGUCAACAGUGUGGAAUAACAAGCAGUCAGUGCCCUAAUCCUAGCCUGGGAAUGACCCCGGCACAUUUUCCUAGCAGCCUAGUUGGUCAACCGUGUGGAAUAUCAAGCAGUCAGUGCCCUAAUCCUAGCCUGGGAAUGACCCCGGCACAUUUUCCUAGCAGCCUAGUUGGUCAACCGUGUGGAAUAGUAAUUGCAGGAAGCUAUGCCAGCCUUGGAGGGAUGCCUUUGUUCAAUGCAAAUGUACAGGCUCUAAGGACACCAGCUCCACCACUGUUUGUAAAUAACUGCAGUAGAUCAGACUGUGGUAUGCCAGCAUCUGGCUCAGAAAUGCAAACAUCACCACAGAAAACCAACACGUGGACUUGCAGUGGGAAUGUGGACAUCAGUGUUGACAAUCUGAUGCCAGUCAACAAAUCUACAAAGCCAGCUCCUCCGAGCAUGAAUCAACUUUUAGGCAACACCCAACAGAUUUUCUUUAAGCCAGGAUCUACAACAACCUCCAGUUGCAAGUAACUCUACCCCUGCCAGCCUUUGUCUCGUUGUGGGUAGCUUACCACCUUCCAUGGAUAAACUUCCCAAGAAUCCAGCUUCAGAUUUACAGGGGUUUACAUCAAUGUAACUAACAAGGUUCUCACACAAGAAACUGCCAAUGUUGACAUUAACUGCGCUAAAACUGAAUGCAAGUAGAUUUUGUGUUUUAGCUCAAAAUAUUUAUGGGUUUAGUGGUUGAGGAAGUGAUACGUCAUGGAAAACCAAAUUGUAUGUAUCAUGUAAGUGAAAUCCAGUUCUGGAAAAACAGAGAAAUUGUUAAGAAUUUUGUUUGCACCGAAUUAGAUAGAGCCAUAGCUGACUAUAUUCAAUUCUUUACUUGCACUCGUACAGCUUCAGAUGUAACACUACGGUGGAGUUGAACAGAGUCUGUAAUUACAAGGACCGAAGUAGGUUGGUAACACAGUUAAGAUAUGCUGAUACAGCUCAAACCAGAAGUUUUUGCAUGUAAAAUUACUGGCAAUCUUUGUUAUAUAUGAUGUAAGGAACAUUCCUGGCUACUUGUAGAUGUAAUGGGUGAAUAUCGAAAAUCAUUUCUUUUGUUUCGUAAAUCACUUUCAGGCACGAAAAAGUCUUUCAUUUAUUUGAGCUCUAAGUAAAAGUAAAGUUUGUUACAUUUUUUGUUCUUAUUUAUACAGAAUUUUAAAUUCUGUUAAAAAUUUAAUGCUUUCUAUGUUCGUACGGUUGUGAAUCGUGAUGUCCUCUCUGAAACUCAAGUUAACCUUCAAAAUAUUUUAGUUAAAAUAAGAAUCUCUUCUCUUAAAUGUAAACAACAUAUAAAAUUUUGAUAUAUAGAAAACUGUAUUUUAUUUUAUUUUUUUUCACACAGUUUAAUAUGUACAAUUUCAAACGUGUAACUUACCAAAGAGCAGGAUUUUAUUUCAUUUGAAGAUGAAUCUCGUUCCUAUACGUUGAUGUAAUAUUUAAUAAUAACUUAUUUCUAAUAUUUAAUUAUUUAUUGUUAAAAAUAAGUGAGGUUUUGAAAGAUUUAUACAAUUAUUCUUAACUUGUUUUACCCUGAACUAGAUUAAAGUAAAUAUUGUUUUUAACCAGUUGUU